AUGCAGUACACAGGGAGCGAAUAUAUCGGGGAAUAUGUACAUGGGAGGAUGGAGGGCAAAGCUGAAUACAUUCUCCCUACUGAGACAAGAUAUGUUGGGGAUAUGAAGGACGGCAUGUUUCAUGGCAAAGGGACCCUGUACUUCCCCAAUGGAAGCCAAUAUGAUGCCGUUUGGGACAAAGGAUUGGCCACAAAGGGCACCUACACCUUCUCAGACGGGCUACAGUACAAGCCUAAGAACUGGCAUUACUGCGACAGAUAUGAUCGGAAGUUCUACACCGAGAUUUGCCACGGCUUGAAGCCUGAAGGUAUCUCUCAACUCACCAAUAUGGACCCGCCCAGAAAAAUCCCCGAAGGCUGUUAUGACUGUGGAGACGGGUUCUAUAACCCGACCACGAGGAUAAUCAAGGACUACAGAAAUCGCUUCCUGCGAAAUGCAGACGAUGACGAGCAUGAGUGGAUUGUCCGGACCUGUCGAAAGAGCUCUGAUGAGAUCAUAGGUCAAGAGCCCAGGCUGUGA